AUGGCUCACCAACAACCUUCCCACCCCGCCUAUCACCAGGCUCAAGGUCGAGGUGAUGACCGAGGUCAUGGUCAGGCCCACCACCAGGGCCCUCCCCCCGUUCCUCCUGGGCCUACUCAACGCGUCCCAGCUGGACCUGCUCAGCAUGCCCAUGCUGGGCCUCUUCAUUAUGUUCCUGCUGCGCCGACUCACCGCGCACCUGCUGGAACUGCUCAGCAUGCUCCUCUUUGGCCUGCUCAGCAUGUUCCUGCUGGGCCUUCUCAACCCGUCCGCUUUGGGCCUAUUCACCCGGCCCCUCUUGGAGCUUUCCCUCCCGCUCCUCCUCACCUGGCUCCUCCUGGGUUCGAUCCGAGGAUAGUGUAUCACCAGACCACAGUGCAAGACCCUCACACUGGGGCUGUCUCCAUGGGGCCUUACGACCCCUACUUACACACCAGCGUCGUCCCUGGCCCGUUUGGGCACCCUAUUCACUACCCGGCAGGAUUUGGAUACUUAAAUCCAACUCCUGCUAUGUACCCUGCCACAAACUUCGGCCCUGCCCCGCCUGUUGCCCCGUUUGCCGCCAUGCCUACCAUCGGUAGAUGGCCGCAAAGAGACCCCUUCGCCGCCGGGCCCCGCCGCUACACGCCCCCGCCAGGCCAUAUCGCGCUUGGCCCAACUCUCAGCAUGCCGCGAGAGUUGCCCCAGCCAAGUACUGGCCAAGUUUCGCAGGCACCCGGGGUGUCUGGAGUUGGUGCUUCCGCUGGUGCUCCCGCCAGAAGUGGGAGCCGAGGGUCUCGUCCCCUCGUCCCUACGGUUCCGGAGUCCCGCCCGGCGCUGGCUCGUGGCGUGCCGGCCGACGAAGGGCAGACUGCCCGAAACAAUGAGGGCACGGUCUCUCAGCGAUCGCAGGAGGAGAACCCGUCGAUGGGGCCUGGUCAGCCUCAGCAAAAUCGGCUACGACCAGUCGCGGACCAGGUGGACGCUGUUCCUCUACUGAGACUUUUUGGCUCACAAGUUCUGCCGUCGCACCCAAUCGGCCCAUGGAACCCAACUGGGGGACUAUCGGGCUUUGCGCCACGACAGGCGGCCAGUGUGGAGGACGCUUACAGCCGUUCUGCGACUCCAGUUCAGCAGGAGUCGGGUGACGGACGUGGUGAAUCCGUCACCCCGCCAGAUCAGAUUCAGGAACCAUACUCGUCCGGGAGCUCGUCCGCUCUCAGGAUCUACGGCACGCCGUCCACUCCUUCGGGCCAACCCAGCAACCUCGAUCUUGCGGGACCCUUCGGAUUCAUCGAUCCGAUCAGGGCUCGGGAGGAACAACACUGGGCGCAACAGCACCAGGCGGCGGGCCACGCCUCACAAAUGCUUGGCUCCCAGGCCGACAGACUGGGAGCCAUCGCAAACGACCCUGCCCGGUUUGGGCUGUCUACGGCCAAUUAUCAGGCCAACAGACUCAGAGACCUCGCUGGGUAUAGUCCUCGCGCUGACCCUAGCCCGGUCAGAACCAGUCCUGCCCACGGGCAAAUCCCAGCUGCUGGCCUGGCACGUCAGCAGCUGGUCUCGGCAUUCGAACGGGUGUUCCAGAACCUGGCGACCUAUGCCAACGGGUACUCCAACCUUCAGGGAGUACCCCUUGUUGCCAACACUGUUGAUGGGCGCAAUAUGCCGGGGGCCAUGUUGCACGAGCUCGAUCUUUUGGGUGGUGAUCCCCCGACCGCACCCCUCGGCCCAGCCGUCAGAACCCGGCGGCAGCGUAGACCCCGUCGCUGGCUGGACAGUCAGGACGGCCGUGGCCUACGUGCCGAACCGGAGGAGGCCGAUGCCUUCCACGAGCGCCUUGAGCGCGUUGAGUCUUCCCCUGGGGAACCGGCUCGCGAGAGCGGCCCCCAGUAA